UGGAGGCUGUUAUUGCAAAAAUGACAAAGGAAAAUGCUUCUGUGUUGUAACUUGUUCUGUCAGUCUCCCAUAAGCUGCUGUUCUCACAUUUACCUCCUUGGGUUUGGUUUCUGAAGACAAUUGUUUCAUGCUACCAAGUAGAAAGCACAUAAAAGGAAGUGUAGCUUAAGGAAGAGUGAUAGUUUAAAGUUAAAUAUUAACCAGAUUCAAACAAGCUCAGGAGCAUUUCGAGUGAGGUUAACUUGUUAGGCUGGUGAACAAGAACGAACUCAAGCAGUGAAGAAUAGGCAUGGGGAUACUCUAUUCAGAGCCCAUUUGUCAGGCAGCUUACAAUAACGAUUUCAAAGAAGUUCAUCUCCUUUUGGAGCGCAACAGCAACUAUCUGAACAUCCAGGACAGCUUUGGUGGAGACACCCCCCUAAUUUGUGCAUGUAAACAGGGAAGCAACAGGAUAGUUAGCUAUCUUCUAAAAAGAAAUGCUGAUGUCAACCUCAGAAACAAGAAGGACCGCACUUGUCUGCAUUAUGCUGUCAGAAAACGAUUUACCUUCCUUGACUAUGUGCUCAUCAUAAUCCUCAUGCCAGUUAUGCUUAUUGGAUAUCUUCUCAUGAUCUCAAAGACUAAACAGAAUGAAAACCUGGUCAAGAUGUUGCUUAGAGCUGGAGCCGAUGUUAAUGCUACAGACUUUUCUGGUUGCACAGCCCUUCAUUAUGCUUGUGAAAUGAAAAACCAGGCAGUCAUUCCUUUACUGCUUGAAGCUCAUGCAGACACUUCUGUAAAGAAUCAGAAUGGGGAGACUCCCUUAGAUAUAGCAAGAAGAUUGCAGUUCCACAACAUUGAAAACAUGCUAAUGAAAACUUCCUAGUCAUCAAGGACUUUUGAACAUGCAGAAAAUUAC